AUGGCUCCCUACAACAUUGUGGUGUUCGGCGGCGACCAUUGUGGGCCAGAGGUCACGACCGAGGCGCUGAAGAUCCUUCGAGUCAUCGAAAAGUACCGCGACGAUAUCCAGUUCAACUUUCAAGAACACCCUCUUGGCGGCGCCUCGAUAGACGCCCAUGGCGAGCCAUUGACGGACGCCGCUCUCUCCGCCGCGAAGAGCGCUGAUGCCGUUAUCCUCGGUGCUAUUGGUGGACCAAAAUGGGGCACCGGCGCCGUCCGCCCCGAACAAGGCCUGCUUAAACUACGCAAAGAACUGGGCACUUUUGGCAACCUCCGACCUUGCUACUUUGCAGCACCUUCUCUCGUCGACAUCUCACCACUCAAGGCCGAGGUGUGCCGCGACGUCAACUUCAACAUCAUCCGCGAACUGACGGGCGGCAUCUACUUUGGCGAGCGCAAGGAGGACAACGGCGACGGCUUCGCUUUCGACACGGAACCGUACUCGCGCGCCGAGAUUGAGCGUAUCACGCGUCUUGCGGGCCAUCUCGCGCUGCAGAAUGAUCCUCCGCUGCCCGUGUGGAGUCUGGACAAGGCCAAUGUGCUCGCGACCAGCAGGUUGUGGCGCAAGGUUGUCACGGAGAUCAUGACCAACGAGUUCCCGCAGCUGCAGCUGGGUCACCAUCUGAUCGACUCGGCGGCCAUGCUCAUGGUCAAGGACCCGCGUAAGCUGAAUGGUAUUGUCGUCACGAGCAAUCUGUUUGGAGAUAUCAUCUCGGAUGAGGCCAGUGUCAUCCCCGGUUCGUUGGGCCUGUUGCCCAGUGCCAGUUUGACUGGUGUGCCAGAUGGCAAGACUAAGGUCAAUGGUAUCUAUGAACCUAUCCACGGUUCUGCGCCAGACAUUGCCGGAAAAGGCAUCGUCAACCCCGUGGCAGCCGUCCUUUCCAUGGCCAUGUUGCUCCAGUACUCGCUUUCUCGCCCCGCCGAAGCGCGUCUCGUUGAAACUGCUGUUAAAAACGCCAUCGAAGCUGGUGUCCGGACAGCUGAUAUUGGAGGCAAAUCGACGACUAGUGAGGUCGGAGACGCCAUUGCGGCCGAGCUGGAAAAAUUGCUUCAGUAG